GUUCACUUUCAACCCUCAAGGGGAGGAGGAAUUGCGGGUGGGGAGGGGGGACGCUCCCGGCUCCACCUCGCGCGCGCGGCGCGACCAGAGCGCCCGGCUCCGGCAGAGGCGAGCAGCGCCGGAAAACCCCGCAGCAGCCCAGAGCCCCGCGAUGGAGAUGGCAGAGGCGGAAUUGCACAAGGAAAGGCUGCAAGCCAUAGCAGAAAAAAGAAAGAGGCAGACGGAGAUAGAAGGCAAGCGCCAAGAGCUGGACGAGCAGAUACUUCUGCUGCAGCAUUCCAAGUCUAAAGUACUUCGAGAAAAAUGGCUGCUGCAGGGCAUACCUGCUGGAACCGCGGAAGAAGAGGAAGCCAGGAGGCGGCAGUCUGAGGAGGAUGAGUUCAGAGUCAAACAGCUUGAAGAUAACAUUCAGAGGCUGGAGCAGGAAAUACAAGCCCUGGAAAGUGAAGAGUCCCAAAUAUCUGCCAAAGAGCAAAUCAUCCUAGAGAAGCUAAAGGAAACAGAAAAAUCCUUCAAGGACUUUCAGAAGAGCUUCUCCAGUGCAGAUGGAGAUGCAGUAAAUCACAUUUCCUCCCAGCUCCCCGACCUGCCAACCCUCUGUUCACGAACAGCAGAACCAUCACCUGAGCAGGACGGAACCAGCAGAGCAGCUGCUGUGUACGCCAUGGAAAUUAAUGUGGAGAAAGACAAACAAACAGGAGAGACCAAGACUCUCUCUACAUCCACCAUUGGCCCAGAGGGGGUCCAUCAGAGAGGAGUCAAAGUCUUUGAUGAUGGUACCAAAGUAGUGUAUGAGGUGCACUCAGGAGGCACCAUAGUAGAAAAUGGAGUGCACACAUUAAGCUCAAAGGAUGUAGAAGAGCUUAUUCAGAAAGCUGGACAAUCAAGCUUAAGAGGAGGGCACGUGUCAGAAAGGACUGGGAUUGCAGAUGGGAGCCUCAGCCACCCUAAGGAACACAUGCUCUGCAAAGAAGCCAAGUUAGAAAUGGUCCAUAAGUCUAGGAAAGAUCAUUCUUCUGGGAACCCAGGGCAGCAGGCUCCAGCCCCCAGCACUGAAGGGCCGGAGGCAAACUUGGAUCAGCCAGUCACCAUGAUUUUCAUGGGCUACCAAAAUAUCGAGGAUGAAGAGGAGACGAAGAAGGUGCUAGGCUAUGAUGAAACCAUCAAGGCUGAGUUGGUCCUCAUUGAUGAAGAUGAUGAGAAGUCAUUGAGGGAGAAGACGGUGACAGACGUAUCCACCAUUGAUGGGAAUGCAGCCGAGCUGGUGUCCGGGAGACCCAUCUCAGACACCACUGAGCCCUCAUCCCCUGAAGGGAAGGAAGAGAGCUUGGCCACGGAGCCAGCCCCAGGAGUUGGGUGGGAGAGUGUGCUGCUAACACGAGAUGAUAUAACCUCAGAGGCCAUAGCAUCAUCCAGCGCAGACAUGACUGUCAAGAAGCCUCCCGAGCUUUCUGAGGAUGAUACCCGGCUAAAACACGAGACAGACAACUGUAGUGCCAAAGCCCUGGAAUCUAUCACCAGCUCUCUUCCCCCAGAUCACAAGAACAUGGAAAUUGAGGUCUCUGUUGCAGAAUGUAAGAGUGUUACCGGAAUCACCUCGACUCCACAUUCCAUGGACCACCCCUCCCCUUUCUACUCAACCCCCCACAAUGGCCUCCUUGCUGAUCACCACGAAUCUCUGGAUAAUGACGUGGCCAGAGAGAUCCGAUAUCUAGACGAGGUGCUGGAGGCCAACUGCUGUGAUUCCGCUGUGGACGGAACCUACAACGGCACAUCCUCCCCGGAGCCUGGAGCAGCCAUCUUGGCCGGAAGCCCAAGCCCGCCCGCCCCCGAGGCUGUCCAGCCGGAAGUCACCGAGAGGGCAGCUGGCAGACAGGCUCCUCCGCACCUGGAGCUCCAUCAAAGCGACUCUGACACCAUGGCCGAGGGCAGAAGAGCCAACGGCCACCCCGCUGAGCAGCCCCGAGACGUACUGGGGGACAGCCUGCAGGUGCCCGUGAGCCCCAGCUCCUCCACCAGCUCACGAUGCUCCUCCCGGGACGGGGAGGUGACGCUCACCACGCUCAAGAAGGAAGCCAAGUUCGAGCUGCGUGCCUUCCACGAGGACAAGAAGCCCUCCAAGCUCUUUGAGGACGACGAGAGUGAGAAAGAACAGUACCGUGUCAGGAAAGUGAGGCCUUCAGAAGAGAUGCUGGAGCUGGAAAAGGAGAGGCGGGAACUCAUCCGGAGUCAGGCUGUGAAGAAGAACCCUGGUAUCGCCGCGAAAUGGUGGAACCCUCCGCAGGAGAAGACCAUCGAGGAGCAACUGGAUGAGGAACAUCUGGAGUCGCACAAAAAGUACAAGGAGCGCAAGGAGAGGAGGGCGCAGCAGGAGCAACUGCUGAUGCAACAGCAGCAGCAGCAGCAGCAGCCCCCACCGCAGCUCUGCACGGCCCCUGCACUCUCACAGGAGCGUCCCUCUGUGACUGACCACCCAAAGGAGGACAUCGUCACGGAGCAGAUAGACUUCUCUGCGGCACGCAAACAGUUCCAGCAGAUGGAGAAUUCCAGGCAGACAGUGGCCAGGGGCCAGAGUACACCCAGGCUCUUCUCCAUCAAGCCCUUCUACAAACCUCUGGGGUCCAUCAACUCAGACAAGACACUGACCAUCUCCAGACCAGCUUCUGUCGGGGCACCUCCUGAAGACUCCUCAGCAGCCAAGGGGCAGAAAGCCCACUGUGCCCCAGAGAGUCAGUCUUCUGGAGGAGGGGGCCAGGGCAGCACAGCUCCCCAGGGAAAGGAAGGGCCGUACAGUGAGCCCUCUAAACGCGGGCCCUUAUCCAAACUGUGGGCAGAGGAUGGUGAGUUCACGAGCGCUCGGGCCGUCCUCACCGUGGUCAAGGAUGACGACCCUGGGAUCUUGGAUCAGUUUUCAAGGUCAGUCAAUGUCUCUUUGACUCAAGAGGAGCUGGACUCUGGUUUGGAUGAGCUGUCGGUGAGAUCCCAGGAUACCACUGUCCUGGAGACCCUGUCCAAUGACUUCAGCAUGGACAAUAUCAGUGACAGUGGGGCCUCCAAUGAGACAACCAAUGCCCUGCAGGAGAAUUCACUGGCCGAUUUUUCUCUGCCCCAGACUCCCCAGACUGACAACCCCUCAGAGGGCCGAGGAGAAGGGGUCUCCAAGUCAUUCAGUGAUCAUGGUUUCUAUUCCCCUUUGUCCACACUGGGAGACUCUGCGUCAGUUGAUGACCCCUUGGAAUAUCAGGCUGGUCUCCUGGUGCAGAAUGCCAUUCAACAAGCCAUCGCCGAGCAAGUAGACAGAGCUGGGUCUGAAACCACCAAGGGCGGAGCAGAACAACAGGGACCUCAAGUAAGUCAAGAGAAAGCUGGCCCCGGGGUUCCCAGCUCAGAGAAGCCUCAGAGCAUGUUUGAACCACCUCAGGUGUCCUCCCCUGUUCAAGAGAAAAGGGAUGUAUUGCCAAAGAUUCUGUCUACUGAAGACAGGGCACUCAGGGAAAGGGGGCCCUCCCAGCCACUGCCGGCGGUACAGCCCAGUGGCCCAAUAAACAUGGAGGAGACCAGACCGGAAGGGAGCUACUUCAGCAAGUACUCGGAAGCGGCUGAGUUAAGAAGCACAGCCUCGCUCCUGGCCACUCAAGAGUCUGAUGUAAUGGUUGGGCCCUUCAAGCUGAGGUCCAGAAAGCAGCGGACUUUGUCCAUGAUUGAAGAAGAGAUCCGAGCAGCCCAGGAAAGGGAAGAGGAGCUGAAGCGGCAGAGACAAGUCUUGCAGAGUACCCAGAGCCCCAAGGCAAAGAACGCCCCGUCACUGCCCUCCCGAGCGUCGUGCUACAAAACUGCUCCAGGGAAAAUAGAGAAAGUCAGACCUCCUCCAUCCCCCACACCUGAAGGUCCCAGCUUGCAGCCUGACUUAGCCCCCGAAGAGGCUGCCGGAUCGCAGCGGCCCAAGAAUCUGAUGCAGACCCUCAUGGAAGACUAUGAGACACACAAAUCUAAAAGGCGCGAGAGAAUGGAUGAUAGUAGUGUCCUUGAGGCCACACGGGUUAAUCGAAGAAAGAGCGCAUUGGCUUUGCGCUGGGAGGCGGGGAUCUAUGCCAACCAAGAGGAAGAAGACAAUGAAUAAUCAACUUCCUUCCACCCAGGAAGCUUCUUUGGUGCUUGGGCUCCCAAGAAACCAAGAAAUCAACACAUCAAAGCAUUUUAAUAGAAUAUUUAUUAAAGUGCAAAUGAACUCAGCAAUCCUUAUGCAGGCCAGAAGUUAUAAUUUACAGUGAUGAAAAAAUAACAUGAAAAAGCAGUCCACCCACCAAACUCGAACUCCUGGGAGUCAAAAGAAAAAGGAUUGUGUGUGUGUGUGUGACUCAAAAGGAUCGCCUGGGUUUGGACCACAGUUGAUCCAAAAGGACAAAGAAAUUAUGAGCAAACCGACAUGGUUGCUCCAGGCAGAAGAGACCAGGCUGCCUGGGUGGUGAGGAAAACAGUGGAGAUGUGGCCCUUUGGAGAAUCUGAGAAGCUGGCGCCGUCCACCUGGCGGAGGGUACUUCCCUGCGCCUGCACCAGUUUCCCACCCGUGACCGCAUCGCAGGUGGCGGACCAACUCCAUUUACUCCAGCAGCCACAAAAUAAGGUUUCUCUCCGUUUGCCCAGAACAGGCGACUAUCGUCCCAUAUCUUUUUCAUUUAAUUGUUUUUAAUUAGGAGCCAUGAAUGAUCACAAUCCGUAUUUUGAAGACAAGAUUUCUUCCUGUUGCAAACACAAUCUGUUCUACAUUAGGAGGUUGAGGAAGCGGGGGCAGAAAGCCAAACCAAAUAGAUUAUUUUAGCUUUAGGGUCUUGUCUGCUUAUGAUACUGACUGAGCUACAGUUUAUGAGAACACAUUUUCACAAUUCUGUUUCUUUAUAUGAAGACUAUAUUUAGGGGGCAACAACUAUUUUUAUGAUGGGGUGGGGGAAUCUAUCCAUGUAUAAAACCUGUACACAUUGAACAGCAUGGUUCAAGAGGGGAGGGGUGUUUUUAGAAUGGCAAUAAUCAAAACAAGGGCGAACUCUGCCUUGGAGAGGUAGAUGAGAAAUAAAGAGGUGUUUAUAACUAUAUUUUAUAUAUAAAGUGAACCUUCAAGGGAGUAGGAAGAUGAUAGAUUAUUUUGGAUCAGUCAGGGAAAGGAAACAGUAAAGAAAGCUCAUGAAAGGUAGAGAAUAAGGGAGGGAGAAAGAGUGGGAAAAUGAGGAAGUAAGAGAGAUUAUUUUUGCUGAGCAACCAGUAUUUUUCAGGAUGAUACAGAGAAAAAUAUAGAAUAGAAAUUUAAGUGCACAGUUACAAAUCCUAAAGAUGGGUGUGUGUGUGUGCGCAUGCACACACGUGCCUAUGUGUCCACACAUGCCUUUGUGUAUUUUCGCAAAGCACAUGAGUGCUCACGAGUAAGGGUGUGUGUGUGUGUGAGGAUUAAAAUUCCAGAAUGGUCAUGGGACAAAGGUAUCCACUUACUUCCUCCAAAGCUGUUUGCCAGCAUCAGGAGUGAGCGAGAAUUUCUUUUUUAUGAAAAGGAUAUAGAGGCUCCGAGCUGAUACAGUAUUUGUAUUUGUAAUAUUAAGUUGACCUAACAUGGUAUUUGCAUGAGUCACAAUGGCAAAGUUUUGAGCAGUUUUGUAAUUUGACAUUUAGGAAAGUUUCAUAUCUAUUCUCAUGCUUUGUAUUCAUGCUUAGUAUAGGCUAAAGGAUGCCAGCUUUACUCUUUCUGUCUUUUAAAGCAAUAUGAUCAGGGCAUUCAAUCAUGAAAUGCCCUCAAUUUCUGGAUGAGAAAUUUUUUAACUCUGGCCAUGAGAAAAAUACUGACCAGCAUUCUUUUUUUUUUUGGUCCCCUUUGUUUUUUUUUUUUAAAUUAGAGGAUAAUCACUUUACAAUAUUGUGCCCUUUGUUUUAAAACUGUGUUUUUUUAAAAAAAGCAAUAAGUAAGUUAGACCUCACUAAAAUUCCUUUUUGUUUUUAUAUUGUUCUGUCAUAAGCGCUAAUAGGUUAUUCUGACAAGUAGCAGUUCCACAAAAUUUGUAUGUAGAUGUCAUGCACACUAUCUUUGCUUCUUUUAUUAGACUAAUGUCGACUUUAGGGGAAAGUUUAUUCGUAAACAAGUGGUGGACACAAAGUAGAAAUGGAGCUGUCGGAUAACUUACAACUUUGAAACUGCCAAGGGAACCUGCAAUUUGAAGCCAAAUUCUACAGAUGGGUAAUUAGCACCGUCUUCAAAUGGCUCACGCCCCUGAGCAUUCCGAAUGAAGAGUCAACAAAAUGUGCUAGCCACUGGAGAUGCCAAAUAAGAUGCCUGCUGUUAGGAAUUCUUUUUUCAAGUGGGAGAGGCUGGCACAGAGACAGACGUUCCCAGGAAAAUGAGAUGAGGAGUCCUGACCAGUGACAGGAGAGUACCCUGAGGAUUUCCAGCAUUGUUCCCAAGACAGGCACGGGAAUGACCACUGCUGCGACGGUAGCAUCGUGUGGCCCAGGGACACAGGCUGCUCGGAUGCCUGGAGAGCAGAGUGUUCUAUGCUUCAUGACUUCUGGACUAACUCUGGAUCUGGUCAUGGCCAUAGACUAGAUUCGAAAGAGGAAACAAUCCUCAGGACUUGCCUGAAGUGUUUGGUUCUGUUUUGAAGGAAAAUGUGUACCCACCUUAAACCUCCAUUUGAGAAGAGAAUGGGCAGCUGAAAAGAAAGCUUAGAAGGCCACGCAAUUCCUGCACUUGCUGUGGAGGCAGAUAAAUCGGUCUUUGACUACAGUUGAUUGAACCAGACACACCGAUUGCGUCGAGUUACAGAGUUGGGAUCCUCUGGUCCAUGCUUUGAGUAGGCAACAAAUGCAGAGUUUCCGUGACCCCCUCACAGUCACAAAGCCGUUUAACUGUGGCCCCCACAUCUCCAGCCUUUGCUUGUUCCCUUCUGCUGCCUUCUGAUGACUGCUGUUCCACUCAGUUACAACCCUGUUAAAAUGCCCAUUACAGUUCCCUUGGAAGAGCCAGGUUUUCUCUGCGCUCUUGAGUUUUUUUACUCAUUUAAGAAACAUUGGGCCAUGGCUUUGUACAUAUCACUAUGCUAGGCUUUGGGAUCCCAAAUGAACCCCUUAAACUGUGUGAAGAUGCAGCAGACCUGGAGGAAAAUCACUCCUGCCUCAUCCAUUCAGAGGAAGAGGCUUGUCCACACGUCGGCCUCUGAUGCUCAUCCCUGCCCCCAAAUAGCACGCAAGCUUGUUAAUCUCAGCUAGAACAAAUGUUUAGAUUCCGUACAUAUUAAAAGCUUUCCUGAAAGUAUUCCAUUCCACAGUGUUUAUAGAUGUCCACUUUCCUCCGGAACUGAUUACCUACUGACAUUCCUUGGCUUUCUCAUCCAGAAAUUAUGGAAACAGGGUCUGUCAGUGGCAGGAGGCUGGGCUGUGUCCAGCGUGAAGGACACAUGCAGUCUCCUUGCCUUUUUACACCUGUGCAUGCUGCCCACCGUAGACAGUGAUGUAUAAACCAUAUAUAGCUCAGUGUCCACAUAUAUACGCAACACACACACACAGCAUAACAAGGAACACUAAAACAGUGUUGACUCUUGUCUCUGAAGACAAAUAAUUUAACAUUUUUUCCAACUAAAGAAUGGAUGUCAUUAAACUAUGUAUUGGAAAAAAAAUAAUAACCUACGUGUUUAGAGAUGGUGACUAUAUCCAGUUUUAGUGACAGAACCAAUUUCCUGAAUUUUAAGCAUUCAGUGAGUGAGCUGCCAAUUUUGAUUUUGUGUUGCUCUUUACCCAAAUGACAUUUUUUUUUCCCUUUUUUGGAGGAGGGGGCAAAAAAGCAGCAAUACUGUGUUUGAAAAUGAUACUCUGGCUCUCCUGUGUAUGUUAACCACUUCAAUGUUAUUAUCCUGCUUUGGUUUUAUAGUGAUUGUGAGGCAUUCAAUGCAAGUAUACAAUUAUUUUCUCAUUAAAACCCAGUGUGUGUUGUGUUUUU